AUGACUGUGUUAUUGUCUACGUCUACAGUGGUGUCCACUCCCACACAAACCCUUACUCUGUCGCAGUCGUCGGACGACUUCUCAUCAAGGACUUCUUCGGUAACAUCGCAACCUUCGACCAAAAUAUUGUCAGACGGAAGCAGCACGACUGUUACCCCCGUUAGCACCACGACAUCUGUAUACCCUCCACCAUUGCAAUCAUCGGCGACUUCUAUCCAGUCUAGCGGACCUAUUGAAUCAACGACGACAACGAGCGAGUCGUUCUCAGAACCAACAAAAGUCGCAUCGUUCGAAUACGCAGGAUGUCUGGGUCCUAUUCCAGACUCGCCAUUCGCAGACUCUUUUACCCUGCGUGAUUUCUCAGAGACCAUGUCAAUUCAACAGUGUGUCUCUGCUUGUGCAGGGUUUAACUACGCAGGUAUCUUUGACACACAGUGUUUUUGCUCCCUGUACUCCGGAUCACCGCCCCCGCAAGAUUUCAUCAAGUAUCCAGACUCGGCAUGUAACACGCCUUGUCCAGGAGAUGAGAGUCAACACUGUGGUGGCCUCGCGCAUUUGCCUCCAUCGCAUCGCUUUCGACUUGCCAGACGACAGAUUCCGGAAGGCGAUGAUUCUGUGGUGUUGAUUACGACGUAUAAUAAUACUGUUGGCGAUAGUGUCGAUACAUCUAGUUCGUCCUUGAUGUCUUCUUCCACUGUUGCUGGUGGUGGUAGCGGCGGCAGUCUCUCAUCGUCGACACGGUCAACACUACUGGAUGUAUCGCCAACCACAUCAACCACGCAGGUACAUACCAGCACAGCGACUAUGAGUUUCUCAAUGACAACAUCGACGACAUCGACAAUAACAUCAGACGUGCAAACGCAGAUUGAUAGUCCAAUAUUGGCUUCGACUUCGUCUGCUCCGGUCUCAUCCUUGACCGGUGGACCGACCUCGACGGUAAUCACGUCUCCAACGACAAUAUCGACAACUUAUACUACAAUCUGCGUUUCGGAUUCAUCCACAUGUCCCACGCCGACACCUACCGUUCUCACAACGACGAUAGUGGUGUUAGAUUGUGGGUGUGACGGCAUGCCCAGUCCGAGUGUUCCUAUGACUACGACCUUUGUGUAUUGUCCGGCUGCCGAGCAGACACCGUCGAAAGAUGAGGAUGGAGGUGAAACCCAAAAUGAACCCGGAGAGAGCGACUUGUCGACGGCCACACUGACGCUGAAUGUCCCGUGCACUCAAUCCAUCUCGGCACUCGCAGCUGAAGUACAGAAAUGGUACGCAUCUGCGGCAGUGACUCCGGUUGUGCUGGAGAAUCAUCAUCAACCUACUACGACGGCAACACCAGCUCCUGGGAGAUGGUCGGAUGAUCAAGGUCAUGAUGAUCAGGGGCAAGGGGAUAAUAGUGCAUACCAUCAUCAACGGCCUUAUUCCUUCCCGAUUACGUUCCCCAUGACGCCUGCUGCAUCCGCCGAGUCACACCCUACUCCCGAGACGACAGUGACAGUGACACUUACCAUUGCACCUGUGCCGUGGUUCAACUCGAGUACACCGAGAAACAACUCUACGCAGUCGGGAAUCGGCAAUGGCACCGGUGGUGGUACUGGUAAUGGUCAUGGAACAACUACUCAAAACACGCCAGGCGGUGCGGGGGGAGGAGGAGGAGGAGGAGGAGUAGAAUUAGUUCCUACGGUCUCGUCUUCAGUUUCACACUCUUCGGCGACAAGGACAAGGGUAAUGACUCUAUCUCGACGGUCACUGCAAUGUACGGCGCUGCCCCAUUUUACCUUUGUGGCGGUGACAGUGAUGGCGAUGGUGGUUGGUGGUGUCCUUUGA